AUGAUGCAACUGUGUCGAUGCACCUUCUAAACCUUAAUCUGCGCGAGGCAGCUCCAGAAAGCAGUGGGUUCAUCAGGUGUCGCAGUCAGGCGUGACGCAACUUCAAGACUCAACAGCUACGUGUAUUUUGCCAUGAGAUUGCCCUGAAGCUCCUUCGACACCAUGCAACGCUUUCAUCAUCACAUCCUACCAAUUGACCCUCAGGUGUGUCCGCCUCCUUUGAGCAGCAGCCAGUCAGUGAUCAGCAACCCUGAUAAAUCUCCAAUCAGUACAUUCAAAGCUGGGCACUCACGAAGCAGUAGCACUGGCUCCUCCAAACUUUCAAAGCAGUCUCGUAACUGGGAGGUGAUGGAUGACCUGCCACCGGAAAUGUGUUCAGUUCCUGGCUCCUCUGGGGACCUCAGUAUCCCUGGGAUCUGCGAGGGUUACUUGUUGAAGAGGAGGAAGUACCCGCUCAAAGGCUGGCACAAGAGAUUCUUCCUGUUGGAGAAAGGAAUUCUCAAGUACUCAAAAACCCAACAAGAUAUUCAGCGAGGGAAACUCCAUGGCUCUCUGGACAUCAGCCUGGCUGUUUUGUCCAUCAAUAAGAAAUCUAAACGGAUAGACCUGGAUGCUGGAGACAACCUCUACCACCUCAAGGCAAAGAGCCAUGAAAUCUUCUACAUCUGGUUGACCAAGCUAUGUGCCCAUCGUGUAUAUAGGAAAAAUGAGGCGAUGAGUGUCCACCGUGGUGUCCUUCACGCUCUUUCCAUGGGCCAGAGUUCCCUGCCAGCCAUGGCCACUCUUGUCCACCAAAACAGAACAACACCCCUUCACUAUGCCAGUUCAGCCUCAAUGUACCAACCAGAGAUGGAAACCCCAGCCCCUGCUGUCACCUCCCACCCAGGGGUGACCAGCAAGGUGUCAGCCUGGCUGCAGCAGACUCAUGACAUUGAUGCUACCUCCACUGGCCUGGCUCCCUGUCAAACAGAGCUGACAGAACUGGCUCAGCUCAUCCAGCGACUCCAAUGGUUAGAAGGAGGCCUGCCAAUCUCAAACACAGACCUGGAGAUGCGAAUUAACAUGCAGAAUCUCUUCCUGGAGAAACCCAAGAAGAAGAUGGGGAAAGUGAUGGGUCACGCCAGGACUUUGUCCCGUGCUGAAGCCAUGGGGGGAAAGUUCACUUCUAGCAAUCUGAGUAGCAAUAGCAGCUCCACUUUGGGAGAGUCUCUUCAGUCCAUCCCUGACUAUGUCUACUCUCAGCUGUCCAACCCUCAGGUCAUCUCCCCAGAGGCCAAGAAGCUCCACCAGGACAUCUUCACUGUUUCCCAGAGGGUCCAUGCUUCACUCAAGUCCAUUCAUGAGGUUUUAGCCUUGGAGAGAGAGAGGCUGAGGCAGGCCUGGACCAGCCCUGACCUGAGGCAGAACACCUCACAGCACCUUGCUACACUGUGCAGCACGCUGUCUGAGCUUGAUAUGCAGUCGCGUCUGACCAAAGUCCACUCGCUUUCCCUGUCUUCUGACUCUACUGAGGAAUCCUUCUGCACUGUCCGUCCUGACCAGAACACGCCAUCCAUGGGUCGUCAUCCAUGUUAUCGUGCACCCUCAGUAGCAGAAUCUAUGGCGGAGUAUUUCGACGCCAGUGAGGUGAUCUUGUGCGAAACUUCAUCAGAGGCUGAGGCUUCUGAUGAGUCAGGCCUGAGUGACAUCACCACCACCAGUACCUCAGAGCCAGACGAGGGACACGCCGCUGCAACUCUCAAGUACAGAGACAGUGUGAACAGAGCUCCUGACAAACCCAGACAACUGCCCACUGAUACUGGUCGUCGUACCACCCUCCCUGCCCCAUCAGCAGACAACAGCCAUAUUGGCAUCAUGUCGAUCCUGUACAACAACAUUGGCAAGGACCUGUCCAGAGUCUCUAUGCCAGUUGCUCUUAAUGAGCCGCUGUGUCUGCUGCAGAGAGUCACUGAAGAGCUGGAGUACUCUGAGCUGCUGGACAUCGCCAACCACAUUAACGAUCCAUAUGAGAGAAUGGUUUACGUGGCAGCAUUCUCCAUUUCUGGCUAUGCUUGGGCAUCCUGGAGGAAUCGCUACAAACCCUUCAACCCUGUUCUGGGAGAAACAUUUGAGUGUCACAGAGAAGACAGAGGCUUCCGUUACAUCAGCGAGCAGGUCAGCCAUCACCCACCCAUUUCUGCCUGCCAUGCUGAAUCAGAAAACUUCACUUUCUGGCAAGAUCAGAGAUGGAAAAACAAGUUUUGGGGGAAAUCAGUAGAGAUAAUCUCUUCGGGACUGGUCAACAUUACCCUGCCCAAUUACGGUGAUCACUAUGAGUGGAACAAGGCAGUGACAUGUAUCCACAAUGUGCUGAGUCAGCAGCGCUUUUUGGAACACUAUGGUGAGGUGGUCAUCAGAAACACAAAGAGUGAUGUCUGUACCUGCAAGAUCACCUUUGUCAAAUCUCGCUACUGGAACUCAGACAGCAAUAAGAACGAGGUGCAAGGUGCGGUCCUGGACCAGGCUGGAGAGGUGGUCCAUCGCUUUGGAGGCUCCUGGCAUGAAGGCAUCUUCUGUGACACCCUGCCCACACCAAAGUGCAUCUGGAAGCCCAACGUGCAGCCUGAUGACCACUUUCAGUUCUACGGCUUCUCACGUUACGCCAGAGAACUCAAUGAACUGACACCUGACCUGAAGGCCGUUCUCCCACCUACAGACACACGCUUCAGACCAGACCAAAGGCUCCUGGAGGAGGGAAAGGUAGCAGAGGCAGAUAAAAUGAAGGACAAGGUGGAGGAGAAACAGAGGGAGAGAAGGAAGGAGAUGGCCAAGAGAGGGCAGGAGCACAUCCCCAGGUUUUUCAGGAAAGCUCUGGAUGCGGAUGGCAGAGAAGUGUGGCUGUACAAUGGAACCUACUGGAAGAUCCGCAAAGACCCGGGUUUCUCCAAGACUGAAAACCUGGACCUGUGGUAGAACAAUUCUUCUAGCUUAAUGCUGAGGCUGAAUGAAGCCACCCAGGUGCUGAACACCAAAUAUUAUUAGUAAAAUUGAUUAAUCAUACCCAUGUUAGUCCAGUAACCUCUGCAGAAUAUGAUGUAGUGAUGUGUGGAAACAUAUACAGGCCUGUUGCUACCGUUACUGAAGGGUGUAGAGCAGAAGGGAUGUUGGAAAGCAUACAUGAACCUCUAAUGGGGUUGUUGUGCCACUUAGAGGUGAGGUGCAACUCUGGAACAAAUGAAGACUGAUUUAAUAGAAGCCGGAUGUCUUUCCAGCCUUUCGCCCACCUGCAACCAUAAUGGAGACCUUAAUUAUAAUCACUCAACAGCAAAUCUUAAUUUGAAAUCCCGUCUUUUACUCUUUAUCACUGCCUUUGAAAAGUUGUGGGUAAAAAGCUUCAAGUGUUUGUCUGGAUUCUAGCCUCUCUCUGUUGUAAAAUGCCUUAUAUUUGUGGGAAAAAUGGCAAAUUAUAUGUUAUGCUUUAGUUUUAACAUUUCCAUAUAACUAUUUAGGCUCAGUUUUGUGACAGUUGUGAUGAAUUGAGACAUUGAGUGUAGGAGACUUGCUUCCUGCAGAAGACUGAGAAUGUGCAAAAGCUAAUGCUGGUUCUUCUGGGGUGUAUUAAAGGUGAACUGGUGCUGCUUUCUAUUCUAAGUGGUUCUUGAUGUAUAAACUUGGUUUUAUUUGUAAUGUGUAUUUUGUUUUUUGAUGUUUAGUUGUGAUGCACUGGUGACACAUUGGUUCCCUAAAGUGUCCCUAUACUGGAAAAAUCUAGCUCUUCUCCUGUUAGCUUAGCCUUCUUCCUCUUUUGCUUGUGUGAAUUGUUGGUGUCCAAAACAAUCUGACAGACGAGGAUUCCAUCUCUCGGUUCUUUAUGCUCUCAGUUGAUGCAAUGAAGUAUUUUUAUUGAUGUUUCAACUAUAGAUUUUAAUAAGGAAAAGAGACUAUUGUUAAAUCCCAGCCAGAUGUAUUUUUACAUAAUGGUUUUGUUUCAAAUAAAAUGUUCCAUAAUUAA